GCUCUCUACAGCUCCCUGAAAGGAGGUUGGAAUGAAGUGUGAGUUGGCCUCUUUUCCCUAAUAUCAGCCUUCUACAGUUGGUGCUUGGACCAAAGGAUUUAGAUGCUGUGUUGCUGUUCCCAAAAACGACUCCACAGUAGCAGUUACAACCAGCACAUCAAGCUGAAUUCCAGCACCAAGUGCCUCAUCUGGUACGGUACUGAGCCUGGCUCUGGAUUUUGGGCUCUGCACACUGCUGCUGUGCUUCAUCCAGGUCUGUCUGCUAGAAGCUGCGUGCAGAAUCGCCCGUGGAAGUGUGUGCCUGCUCCUAGCCUGCCAGAGCAUCCAGCCCCACUGCAGCCUGCAAGCUGUGGGGAGAUCUGCUCACCUUAGCUACAGAACUGGGAGGGGUUGGGAGUUACCUGCUCCCCCACUCUAAUGGAGCCACCCAGACUAGACUCAGCCAGCUGGCAGGAGCUACACACAUGCUGUAUGUUGCAUGGAAGAGGAGGUGAAACAGCUUGCUUGGAGCAACGCAGAGGAACACUUUGCCUCGUUGGGAAGACUAAAGGUUGCCAGCAGCUGUGAAUGCUGACGCCGGACCUCACCGUGCUCCCUCCCUGCUCUGCUGUGACUUCCCUGGCAGCAGGAUAACUAAGCUCGGAGCCUCAUUCAGCAGCCGCUGCCCGUGGAGUGUAAUAGGCUGAAGAUGCUGCCGUGUCUGCUCAGCGUUUACUUGUGAAUGGGACUUGCCUCCUCUCCCUCCUCCGGAGGCGGCCAAGGGAAGCAGCCAGCCCCGCCGGACCCGCAGCCAGAGCUGAAGUGCUGGAGAAGUGGCAACAGAAAGCUUGCAUCUGCUUCGUCAUCAUAGCCUCCUUCAGUGGCGUUUCAAAUGUCUGGAAUAUGCUACACAAACUGGCAACAAGUUUCCAGUGGGUGAAGGAACUGAGCUGGGAAGCUGCAGAGCACUAAAGCGAUGUGUGGCGGUGGCAUCCCGCGUGCAGCGCGCUUGAUCUGAAGCUUUUCAGCAGCCCCAGACGUUGCGAGCUCCCAGGUGGAAGGGGUGGAUCCGAGGAUACUCCUGUGCCUGCACAGUGACCAACCAUGAAGGAGGACACUUGUUUGCAGGCUGCUCUCCUCUGCCUGGGCGUGCUCUGCUACAGCCACGCGCUGGCUGCAGAGAAACCCAACCGCACGAGGCCGGCGCUCCACGGGCACCGCGAGAGAGGAAAAGAAGGACAAGUGCUGCAUCGCUCCAAGAGAGGCUGGGUGUGGAACCAGUUCUUCGUGAUAGAAGAGUACACGGGGCCGGAUCCGGUGCUCGUAGGAAGGCUUCAUUCAGAUAUUGAUUCUGGAGAUGGAAACAUUAAAUACAUUCUCUCAGGUGAAGGAGCAGGAAUCAUUUUUGUUAUUGAUGACAAAUCAGGGAACAUCCAUGCAACAAAGACGCUGGACCGGGAGGAGAGAGCUCAGUACACUCUGACGGCACAAGCUGUAGACAGGAACACUAACAGACCCUUGGAACCACCUUCUGAAUUCAUUGUGAAAGUUCAAGAUAUAAAUGACAACCCACCUGAGUUUCUCCAUGAAAACUACCAUGCCAAUGUGCCAGAGAGAUCAAAUGUAGGCACCUCAGUUAUUCAGGUAACAGCUUCAGAUGCUGAUGAUCCUACCUAUGGGAACAGUGCCAAAUUGGUUUACAGCAUCCUUGAAGGUCAGCCCUACUUCUCGGUGGAAGCUCAAACAGGAAUUAUCCGAACUGCCCUUCCAAACAUGGACAGAGAAGCUAAGGAAGAGUAUCACGUGGUAAUACAGGCAAAAGAUAUGGGAGGACACAUGGGAGGCCUCUCAGGGACAACCAAAGUGACAAUUACGCUUACAGAUGUCAAUGACAACCCACCAAAGUUCCCACAGAGUGUGUACCAGAUGUCAGUGUCAGAAGCAGCUGUCCCAGGAGAGGAAGUAGGAAGAGUGAAGGCCAAAGAUCCAGACAUUGGGGAAAAUGGCUUAGUAGCUUACAGCAUCAUUGAUGGAGAUGGCAUGGAUAUGUUUGAAAUCACAACAGAUUAUGAGACUCAGGAAGGUGUUGUAAAGCUUAAGAAGCUCUUAGAUUAUGAAACCAAAAAGUCCUACAGUCUGAAGGUAGAGGCAGCCAAUGUGCACAUUGAUCCUAAGUUCAUCAGCAAUGGGCCCUUCAAGGACACAGUAACAGUGAAGAUAGCAGUGGAAGAUGCUGAUGAGCCACCUGUGUUCUUAAAGCCAGCUUAUGUGUUUGAAGUGCAAGAAAAUGCAGCAUCUGGUACUGUGGUUGGAAAAGUGCAUGCCAAAGACCCUGAUGCUGCAAACAGUGCUAUAAGGUACUCAAUCGACCGUCACACGGACCUGGAGAGAUAUUUCAGUAUUAAUGCAGAAGAUGGCAAUAUCAAGACAAUAAAGGCUCUGGACAGGGAAGAAAUGGCUUGGCACAACAUCUCUGUCUUUGCAGUUGAAGUCUACAAGCAGCACCAGGAAGCCAAAGUUCCAGUUGCAAUUAAGGUCAUUGAUGUCAAUGACAACGCUCCAAAAUUCGCAGCAGCCUACGAAGCUUUUGUCUGCGAGAAUGCCCGAAGCAACCAGCAAUUCAUUACAAUUAGUGCCGAUGACAAGGACGACUCUGCCAACGGACCAAGAUUCAUCUUCAGUUUGCCACCUGAAAUUAUUCAUAAUCCAAACUUCACUCUCAGAGACAACAGAGACAACACAGCCAGCGUCCUCGUGAGGCGCGAAGGCUUUAGUCGCCAGAAGCAGGAUCUGUACCUGCUUCCCAUUGUCAUAAGCGACGGCGGAGUGCCCCCUCUGAGCAGCACCAACACCCUCACCAUUCGGGUCUGUGGGUGUGACAGCAACGGCUCCCUGCUCUCCUGCAAUGCUGAAGCCUACAUCCUCAAUGCUGGACUAAGCACCGGAGCUUUAAUUGCCAUUCUUGCUUGCAUCGUCAUCUUGUUAGUCAUCGUAGUCUUGUUCGUAACACUGAAAAGGCAGAAAAAAGAGCCCCUGAUAGUUUUUGAAGAAGAAGAUGUGCGAGAGAACAUCAUUACCUACGACGAUGAGGGUGGAGGAGAGGAAGACACUGAAGCUUUCGACAUAGCUACUUUGCAGAACCCCGAUGGCAUCAACGGCUUUAUUCCCCGCAAGGACAUCAAACCUGAGUAUCAGUACAUGCCCAGACCGGGGCUCCGGCCGGCUCCCAACAGUGUUGAUGUUGAUGACUUCAUCAACACGAGAAUACAAGAGGCUGAUAAUGAUCCGACUGCUCCUCCUUAUGACUCUAUUCAGAUCUAUGGCUACGAAGGCAGAGGCUCAGUGGCUGGUUCACUUAGCUCCUUAGAGUCAGCGACGACAGAUUCUGACUUGGACUACGACUAUCUACAAAACUGGGGACCUCGGUUUAAGAAACUUGCAGACUUGUAUGGCUCCAAAGACACUUUCGACGACGAUUCUUAACAAUAAAGCUUCAGAUUUGGCCUUAAGAACUGUGUCUGAUGUUCUGAAGACUCCAGAAGAAACGUAAGCAGGUAUUUUUUUAAAAAAAAAAACAAGGGAAAAAAAAUAAAGUCUCGCUUAGAAGUUUGCCAGAGAGGAUUCCUUUGAUAAAAAUAAAGGACCAGGAAAUAAAGUGGUAAAUAAAUACUGUGAAGUACCUUUUCCUACCAAGGGUGACCGCGGAAGUUGGCCGCCAACUUCACCGAAGGAAAACAAAACAAACCAACCCACUUAAGGAACACAAAGUAUUUAAACGAAGGAAACCACUGAGAGCAAACCUACAAAGAAAGGGGGGGAGGGGAAAAAAAAUCCUUUCUGUGUCACCAACGUCUGAAACCUUUUAUUUUGUCAAAGAAGCUUCCACGCGGUAGAGAAGAGAACAGUUCCGAGCUGUAAUUUCGCCUUAAACUCUGGACACUCUCUAUGGUAGUGCAUUUUUAAACUUGAAAUCUAUCCUAUCCAGCCAGCUGAAACCCAUCUGAUGUAUGUACAGUACAAUGUACCAGGAGCCUGUCUCUUGAGCAUCCGACUCGUUACUCGCUGAUUCCUGUCAAUCCUUUUUGUUGCUUAUCCUUUCACCUCGAACUAAUCCGUGCCAGAUAGAAAGAGAGGAGGCGGAGGGGGGGGGGAAAAAAACCCCACCCAAACCACAAACUCUUUGUCUCGUGGCGGUGGGGAAGGUGCCCAGUUUCUAUUGUCAUUUUUAAUGUAUCUAUUUGUACAAUUUUAAGAUUCUUAUUUUUUAGUAUACAUGCGAAAUAUCAGUACUCUGCCAUGUAAGAAACCGUUACGGCAUCACACUUAUAUUUUAUGAACAUUGUACUGUUUGCUUUAAUAUGGUGCUUCAGUAUAAGAAGCAGACUUUGAAAAAUAAACUGAUUCUCUCUCUUU